AUGAACCAUUGCGCUGCAUCAAAUUUUGAUGGUUCAGUGCGACUCCUGUCUAGUAAAAUGUCGUCUGCCUUUCAACUGGAUAGCGUUGAUGCCGCAUUGAAGGAGGCCCUCAAAGGUCCGACGUAUGAAGAAGUUCGAAGGAUUCUGUACGGCAGAGAGCACAAGGAAAUGGAGAUUCCAAAGGAAGCACUUGAUAUUGCUACGAAGAACAAUUUCGAUCUGAAAGCCUAUGAAGUACUCGCCAAAGAAGAGGAAACACGAGCUCCACGGAAGGUGCGAGUAGCAGCGAUCCAAUUCUCCAUCGUACUACCCACAACAGCACGGAUCGAGGACCAAAGAAGAGCAAUCCACAACAAGGCAUCCAAGAUGAUCGACGCCGCCGUCCUCGCAGGAGCCAAUAUGAUUUGCUUCC